UUUACUAUUGCACGGCAAGCAGGAGGAAAUCACACUAUAUUUGGAUAUCUACGUCACCGAGCACUGAGUCAAUCCCUGGACUGUACCAAAUAGAUUAGAAGGGGGGGAUAUUGACUUUCCUGGCCUUUUAGGGGCUGACCAAACUCUGAUUCCGGGCAGAAGGGGGCAUCUUAAUUGAAUAGGGCCCAGCGGAGCCGCGGUGGGUUGUUGGAGAGGGGAUUCCCUGCUUCCCUGAUGACUUGAAAAAGGCGCGGGGUGGGACUCGCCCCUCCCCUCCCCCAGCUUAAAAGGAGGCGGCCCCGGAGUUCCCAUUCAUAAAAAAGUAACCGGGCGGGAGGCAGUUGAGAGGCGCUCGCCGGACUGACCUAGGCGUAGCACAGCCCCAGCGGAGAGACGGACAUGUUCAGGGACUACGGAGCGGGCAGAGCGGACGGCCCGCGAUCCUCGUACAACCCUCGCCCUCAGCACCCUGCCCUGCGCAGCAUGGGACCGGCCGCCGCCUCAGGGACUCCGGGGCCAGCGCAACAGAAGUUCACCCCAGGCGCGAGUGCAGGGGCUGCCAGCUUCGUUCCCAGCCUCAACACCAUCACCUCCAGCCAGGACCUGCAGUGGAUGGUUCGGCCCACGAUGCUCAGCACCUGCUCCUCGCCCUCCUCCUUCACAGCUGCCCCAUACUCCCGCCCCUAUGCCCCCUACCCUGCUGGGGCCCGCCCAGGCGUCAUCCGCACCAUUGGGCCCACCCUUGGGAUACGUCGGAGGCACAAUGAGCAUAUGACCGCCGAGGAAGAGGAGCGGCGCAGGGUAAGACGGGAGAGGAACAAACUGGCUGCAGCAAAGUGCCGGAACCGGAGGAAAGAGCUAACGGACUGUCUGCAAAUGGAGACGGACCAGUUGGAAGAGGAGAAGUCGAGCCUGCAGAAGGAGAUUGCAGAGCUGCAAAAGCAGAAGGAGAGGUUUGAACUGAUCUUGGAGGCCCACCGGCCAGUGUGCAAAGUGCAGGAUGAGUCCUCAGGAGAGGAGGACGAGCGGGGAGGGCCGCCCGCCCCACCCCCUGUCAAGCAGGAGUCCCUGGAGCCUCCCACAGCAGUCCCACGUCGGCACCCACCGCCGGUGCCCCCACGGAUCAGCCUUCCCCCCAGCGGGGUCCUGGAGCCUGAGGCCCUGCACACCCCCACCCUGAUGGUCACACCCUCGCUAACUCCCUUCACUCCCAGCCUGAUCUUCAACUACCCUGCCCCAGGGGAAGGGGAGCCCCCUGCUGGCCAUACCUUCCCGCCUGAGCCCUGCAGCUCUGCCCACCGGCGUGGGAGCAGCAGUGGUGACCAAUCAUCUGACUCCCUCAACUCCCCCACCCUGCUGGCGCUCUGACAGGCAUGGCUCCCCCAGCCCUGUUCUUCCUGCUCAAGAACUAGCCUCAUGACCAGGAACCUUCCAAGUGGUUCCAGACAACUCUAGAACUGAUCCCUGUCAUCCCAGGCCCUUCUGGAACCAUCCACCUCAGCUGUGGUACCUUUGUGAUCAUUCUAGCACUUUUCCCCAUUAUCCCAACUUCCUGUUUGUUCCAGACACAUCUGGAAUCUCCUUCCACUUUCAAACCUUCACUGUCAUUCUAGAUAAUUCUAGAAGCCACACACACACACACACUCUCUCUCUCUCUCUCUCUCUCUCCCUCUCCAUUCCAGGCUCCCAAUUAUUUCACACCCAUCUGGAAUUUCCCCCUCAGCUCUAGAACUUUCACCGACAUUCUAGAACCUUCCCUGCCAUCGGUGUUUCUUGAUUAUUCCAGGGCUCCCUGGAAUCUUUCACUCACGAGCCAGGAAUCUGUCCAUCCUUUUACCAUCAUUGCCAAAGAAUGUCCUUGUGCUUCAGAACCAUCCCAAACCCUCCCACAACCCCUUCCUGUGUAUUCUAGAGCAGCCCUACCCUCCCAUUCCUUUUGGGAUGUGACAACUUUCCCAAAAUUCCCAUUGUGCUUGCUGGUUUUUUUCUGGAACCUACUAGAGCUUUCCUGACCUCCUUCUGGAUUGCUCUGGAAUAUCCCCAGCCAUUCAUGAUCUCAUACUAGAUCCUAAUCAAAUAUCCGAGUUCAACAGGCACUCAUUCUAGACUCUGACUGACCAUUCUAGCACAACUUGUUCGUUCUAGAACCGGUCUACCUGUUCUACGCUGCCAUUGCUCAUUGGAGAAUACUCACAGCUGUUCCAGACCUCUCUUGCUGUUUCUAGACCUCCAUCUGACUGUUCCAGAAUUCCCUCAUUCUUGAACUCACCUGAACAUUGCAAACUGCCCUUCCAAUCAUUGUAGAACCCACUCCCUGAUCCAGAAUAAACCCAGGUGUGCAGGAUUCUACAGCACUGGCUAGCCAAGACUCAGGACUGAUUUUUUUGGCUCCCAAGUUCCAGAAGCUGAUCCAGAACCGCAGGGCGUGCUCUGGACUGCACAGCGUUCAUUGUUGGAGCUACCAUUUCUAUGCUAUUUAUUGUCACUCAAAGAGUAUUUUUCUACCAAUGGUGUCUUGUGUCUCGGGAGACAAUUAAAAGCUACAAGUAGA